UUCCUGCCCUCGCCCCAUCUCCGUCCGGGGUCAGUCAGUCGCUCCCUGUCGCUGCCGGAGAGUCUCUGCUUCCCCGUUCCUACGCGCUCCGCGGCGGUAGCUCGGACUCUCCGGAGGAGGGGGCGACAGAGAAAAAGGCUGACUUAAUAAAGUUUCCUGAAACAACAACUACUACCGAAAAGGCCCAAGGUGGGGGAGACCCCCAUUCUUCUCCGCCCCUCUCCUAAAGCCUGAGGGACCGUUGCAGGUGGAGCGGCGCUGGUGGGACCCUGGUUGCGGCGGCAGCCGUUGCCCCGGCGAGGGGAGCCUCAGGUCCUGCCCGCUCCGGUUCCGGCUCCUUCGGUGGUGGUGGCGGCGGCGGCGGGUGCUGCCGGGCGGUUCCUCCUGUCAACUGCCUCCGCCCGCGUGCCUCCAGCCUAGCCACACGGCGCGGAGGACGUCGUGAGCCGCCGCCGCAGUCGCCUCGGCCCGCGGAGGGACGUGGUGAGCUGUGGCGCUUCCGCGUCAGCGCCGGCGGGGACUCUUUCGGAGCGCGUCGGGCCCGAGUCCCGGUUCCCUCGCGUGGUCAGCGGAGGCUGCGCCAGGUGGGGCCCGCAGCCGCCUCCCACGCCAGGCUGUCCCCGCGGCCGCCCGGCCUGCCUUCCUUCCUUCCGCCCGCCCGCCGGCCCGCCCUAGGAGUUGACCACGCCGCAAUGAAGAGCUUCUUACAGUGAAAGCAAAGUAGGUCGAGUCCACUGAAAAUGCCUUUAAGGGACAAAUACUGUCAGACUGACCACCAUCAUCACGGAUGCUGUGAACCAGUUUAUAUCCUGGAACCUGGAGAUCCUCCUUUGUUACAGCAACCACUACAGACAUCCAAAUCUGGUAUUCAACAAAUAAUUGAGUGCUUUCGAUCAGGAACUAAACAACUUAAGCAUAUUUUAUUAAAAGAUGUGGACACUAUUUUUGAAUGUAAGUUAUGCCGCAGUCUCUUCAGAGGAUUACCAAAUUUAAUUACCCAUAAAAAAUUCUACUGCCCACCAAGUCUCCAGAUGGAUGACAACCUUCCUGAUGUAAAUGAUAAACAAAGCCAAGCCAUACAUGAUCUCCUAGAAGCCAUAUAUCCAAGUGUGGACAAACGAGAAUAUAUUAUUAAGCUAGAACCCAUAGAAACUAAUCAAAAUGCAGUGUUUCAAUAUAUUUCGAGGACUGAUAAUCCUGUUGAAGUCACAGAGUCAAGCAGUACUCCUGAACAAACCGAAGUUCAAAUACAGGAAACUAACACUGAACAGUCAAAAACAGUACCAGUUACAGAUAUAGAGGUGGAAACUGUAGAGCCGCCUCCUGUUGAGAUUGUUACAGAUGAAGUUGCACCUACAUCUGAUGAACAACCUCAGGAGUCGCAGGCUGACUUGGAAACUUCUGACAAUUCUGAUUUUGGUCACCAGUUGAUAUGUUGUCUUUGUAGAAAAGAAUUCAAUUCUAGACGAGGUGUUCGCCGUCACAUUCGAAAAGUACACAAGAAAAAGAUGGAAGAACUAAAAAAGUACAUUGAGACACGAAAGAAUCCAAACCAAUCCUCUAAAGGACGCAGUAAGAAUGUUCUAGUUCCAUUAAGUAGGAGUUGUCCAGUAUGUUGUAAAUCAUUUGCUACAAAAGCGAAUGUAAGGAGGCAUUUUGAUGAAGUUCAUAGAGGACUAAGGAGGGAUUCAAUUACUCCUGAUAUAGCAACAAAGCCUGGGCAACCUUUGUUCCUGGAUUCUAUUUCUCCUAAAAAAUCUUUUAAGACUCGAAAACAAAAGUCGUCUUCAAAGGCUGAAUACAAUUUAACUGCAUGCAAAUGCCUCCUUUGCAAGAGGAAAUAUAGUUCGCAAAUAAUGCUUAAAAGACAUAUGCAAAUUGUCCACAAGAUAACUCUUUCUGGAACAAACUCUAAAAGAGAGAAAGGCCCUAAUAAUACUGCCAACAGUUCAGAAAUAAAAGUUAAAGUUGAACCAGCAGAUUCUGUAGAAUCUUCACCCCCUUCCAUUACCCAUUCUCCACAGAAUGAAUUAAAGGGAACAAAUCAUUCAAAUGAAAAAAAGAACACACCGGCAGCACAGAAAAAUAAAGUUAAACAAGACUCUGAAAGCCCUAAAUCAACUAGUCCGUUGGCUGCAGGUGGCCAGCAAAAAACCAGGAAACCAAAACUUUCAGCUGGCUUUGACUUUAAGCAACUUUACUGUAAACUUUGUAAACGUCAGUUUACUUCCAAACAGAACUUGACUAAACACAUCGAGUUGCACACAGAUGGAAAUAACAUUUAUGUUAAAUUCUACAAGUGUCCUCUUUGCACUUAUGAAACUCGUCGGAAACGUGAUGUGAUACGACAUAUAACUGUGGUUCAUAAAAAGUCAUCUCGUUAUCUUGGGAAAAUAACAGCCAGUUUAGAGAUCAGAGCUAUAAAAAAGCCUAUUGAUUUUGUUCUAAAUAAAGUGGCAAAAAGAGGCCCUUCGAGGGACGAAGCAAAACAUAGUGAUUCAAAACAUGAUGGCACUUCUAACUCUCCUAGUAAAAAGUAUGAAGUAGCUGACGUCGGUAUUGAAGUAAAAGUCACAAAAAACUUUUCUCUUCACAGAUGCAAUAAAUGUGGAAAGGCAUUUGCCAAAAAGACUUAUCUUGAGCAUCAUAAGAAAACUCAUAAGGCAAAUGCUUCCAAUUCACCUGAAGGAAACAAAACCAAAGGCCGAAGUACAAGAUCUAAGGCUCUUGUCUGAUAACUUCAAGUGAUGUACGAAAAGGUUUGGAGUUCAUUUUUGUGGAAAGACUUUAAAUUGGUGUUAGAACCACUAAACAUCUUCAAAUGGUACUAUGAGGAAAAAAAGAAAAACAUUUUUCUAAAUAUUCAACUAUAACUGCUGUUUUCUGACUAAAAUAAUAACCAUCUAACCACUUGUUUCUAAGGCACUGCCUAUUCCAGCACUUUCAAGUAGCUGUGACAUUACAUGUUGUCAUCACAGUCAAUCAGCUAACCACCCUUGACCUUGUGCAUUUGGUCUACAGUUUCUACAAAAAUGUUACAAAUUUUGUUUUCUAAACAAUUUGUUGAUUAAGUGAUCAACAACCUGAAGAAAAUAUCAAUUUUUAAUUGACAAAGACUUUAUAUCUUAGUGAUUUUAGUUUUGUUUCUCUUUAUUUGGCAACAUUUUCAUCUGAAUUGUAUAGAUAUAUGAUUUUCUAGUGAGUGUAUGUUAGGAACAAAAGACAAAAUAGUAUCAACACAUUAUAAAUAUUUAGCUUACUAAAUAUUUGUAAUUAUUUUUACAUCCAUUUAUUUCUAGCUUGUUCUCCAGCACUUAAGUGUUUGAAAGUUUCAUCCUAAAAUAUAUACCACAGGAAAGUUCCAGUUCAUUUUCAUGCAUGGAUCAUUACAUUUUUCACUUGUAAAUGUAGGUUUUUAUGAAAAUUAAACAUUCCCCUAUUUUUCUUUAAAUUUUAUACAAAGCACUUUAAUGAUAGAUGCAACCUUAUUUUUCAGUUCCUAUUUUUUUAAAGACCACACAUUUACUAAUGUUAAUAUGAAGGUAAUAAAUAGCUUACUGAUAUUUUAUGGAUGCAGACAAUCCAUGCACAACCACUUCUUAUGAUACUAGUUUUUUCCUUAAAUAUUGCUACAAAAGGAAGAUGCGGGUGUAAGCCCUGAUUUUUUUUCUCCCAAGAAAAAUCUUGAAGGACCACUUUAGAUAAUAUUUGAUUCCUACUGUAAAAUUUAGAAAAUGAUGAAUUCUUGUCCAUUUUUAUAAUCAAGUUUUUAGGAAAAACAGAAGUACAUCUAUCUUUAUGAAAUUUUGGGCAGGUUUUUGUGUAUCAAUAUUUUGUACUUUUUAAGGAAUAUUUUAUUUUUUAGUUAUUUGUGUCAAAUUAUAAUUAUAAAAGGUACAGCAGAAAAUAUACCAUGUUUUUAUAUAGGUUCACACCUGUACUUAGGAGGGACCCUGUCCAUCUAUAUACUUUUUGUAUAAAAUUUUAAAAUGUUAAAGAUCCACAAGGUCUUAAUAAAAUGAUUCUAUAGAUAGAAAAACAUUUACCUUCCCAGUGCUUUGCACUAAAAUAUACUGUGAAAGGAAACUAGAAAGACUGUAACUAUUGCUGGAAAUGUUCUAUAUUGAAUGUACAUGCUCUUGUUGGAAAAAUGUACUAUAUGUGAUGGAAAUAAACCAGACUCAAAGUUAUUUCAGCUAAAUGUGCUUCAGCAAAGGUGCAUUGGUUGAAACUUAAAUGUUUUAUUAUCAAAUUUAAACUUAUUCAGUGACUAUGAGCAGCUACACUUGAAUUAUAUUCUGAUAGUUUUAUUUCUAAGAAAUAGAAUAAUAAUUUCUCUUUAAUUUAAAAACAGAUUUACUUUCCCACAUAUUGAAAAUUUGUACUUAUAGAUCUAACUUUAAUAACUAAUAGUAUAAUAUAUUUAGGGAAGUAAAUGUGUAGGUGGUAUUUCAUUUAUAAGCCAUCUUAAUUAGUUGCACAUUAUUAAACCUAUAUGUUUGACUUUU